GACGGUGACCCGAACCCCGAAAGGACACAUAAAGCCCGACACACACGAGCCACACAGUCGAGCCCGAGAGGUUGGAACCUGCGGCACAGCCUGCAAUGGGGCACACUUCGAAAUUCGUGUUCCCCUUGCCCGGCCGCAGAUCGAAGCCGGCGCCGCCGCCUAUGGUGUCAGCCCCCUUGACGACGAAAGCGCAGAAGAUCCUGGGGGCGGCAGACCUCAAUCUCGACGUACGCGCGAUUCCGGGGUGGGAGACACAGUCCAAUUCGGGCAUCAGCAUUGCGGUAACAGAGUCCACAGCCGCCGCUGGAGAACACGGUAAUGGCGCGGUGCACAAAGAGGGCGGUGGCGGCCCAAAGGCAUCGCGGGAUAGGCGAUGGGAGCAGGAGUCCGAUAUCAUACCCUCCGCGCUGAACAGCCACCAGGAGCUCCUGGGCUCGAUGGUUUCCGACGACGCCACCGAGGCAUCGAGUCUCCGGCGGCGACAGUCGAGCUCGACCAUCACGUCCUACUAUGACAAGUCAAAGCUCCCGCUCUCAAUAUCGCAACAGACCUCCAAUUCUGCUAUGGCAAAGGGUCUCCCCCCUAAAGCGAUGGCGCUAUUGGACAUGGACGGCGAGUUCGCGGAGCCGAAGAAGGCGCGCAAGAAACCCUCGAAGCUUGACCUCUCCGCUCUACUGCAGAGAAGCAGGUCUCCCAGGCAUCUCCACCCGGACGGCAACACCGGUUUGGUGCUCGACGCCGACCUGUUGACCAAAUCUCCGUCAGCCAUUUCCGCCUCGACAGCAGCACCGACGCCGCCGCUGCCGGUAGGGCAACAAGCCGACGGGGUCAUCAGGAAGAGACUCACGAGAGAGUCGCUGCGAAGCAACUCGGCGCACCAGACGUCGCCAUAUGACUCGGUCAGCCGUCCCGAGCAACACACCAAGGCCAGCAUCGAGCUGCACAACCUGUACGACCACUACGAACAGAGGACCUUUGCGGACGCCUUCGACCAGAACUUGGACAGUUGCGACUAUCGCAUCGAACCACCACCAGCCGGGCCAUCUCCGGCUUUUACCACGUCUACCACAGGGCAGUCGGGCAAGGCGUUCCUCUCUCCAUUCCCGACAACGGCGCUGCGACCUGCGCAGACGGCAUCGAAGCCGUCUCCAGUGACAGCCGCCGAUCUGAAGCUGGCCGGUGUCGGGGCUCCCUCGAGCCCGGUACCCGCUGAUUGCGCAAGUGUCUCGAGCCGGCAUACCAGGACUUCCAAAGCGUCCAAGCGGACAGAUCGCAGUCUCCAAGAGAUCGACCUGCUGCAGAACAGUGUUCUGGCACUGUCGUCCGACUCGGAGGACGACUACGAGCUGUCAUCCAAGGGAUCACUCACGGUCCCUCCAUUGAGCGACGGGCAAGCCAGCCCGACAAGCCCGCGGUCGUCGCUGUCACAGGUCAGCGCAGGAGCUUACGACGGCAGUCGGGGAAAGGCAGUGAAGCGUACCAGCUUUGCGCCCAGUCCCCAAUUCCUCCCCGGUGGCCAUGGUCCCACGGCAGCCAAGGGACCCGAAAUCAACCCGCGGACGAGUUCCCUGAAUUCCAGGACUUCUUCAUCCGCGUCGAGCCAUGGCUUAGUUCGCGAAACGUCGCGGCUGUCCAUCGGCACGACUUCGACCGACCGCACACUCUCCAAUGCUCGCAAUCCGCCUGUCGAAUCGGCUGCCGCGGCCAAGAAGGAGCCCAAGAAGAUGCGGAGCGAGUCUCAGUUUGACUUCCCGGCCCCGCCCAGUAACCGGGGCUCGCGUUCGGCGUCCGUAUCCCGCAUAUCGGACCUGUCAUACCCCGCGUCGCUGAGCAGCGACGAUUUUCACCUGCAAAGCCAUCGGCUUCCCGUGGCGACAGACAACGGAUCCAUCCGCAGCGGCACGAGCCUAGGCAGCACAACCAACACCGGACGCCGGGGCAGCGCAGCCAGCAGCAUUCACGAUGGCAACAGCGGGCGUUUCAUGGCGGUCACGAGGCAGGAGGAGAUGCUCUUGGCUGCGCUGCGGAUGAAGCGCGCCAGGAUGCGGGAGGAUAUCAUCGCCGAGUUUGAGGGUGACAUGGAACGGGACGAGCACCACGAGCUGAGGCGGGAGAUGACCAACGACAGCAUCGGUACGAGCGGCAGCAUGACGAGGCAGUCCUCCCGGAGCACGAUGCGGCAGGAGAUGGGAGCGUUGAGUGCGCGCCCACGGCGUCCUUCCGAGGCGGAACCCAGGAGGGAGCACCUGACGAGUGGAGAUCUGCUAGGGGUGGUAAUCCCCCAGUCACCCCUCGACCCGACCAUCCGCACCCCGGUCUUGGAGAUCGGCGAGUUUAUUCCAUCCGAGGAGAGCCGCAGCACGCAGAGCUCUGGUGCGUUAGAGAGGAAAGACAGCCGGGCCAGCUCGGUCAACAGCCAGCGAUCCGGUUCGUCGAAGAGACGAUCGUCGCUCGGUUCCAUGACGGCGCCAGCAUCGCGGAGGUCGCAGCGGGGAGACGGGAGCUCUUCACGUCAGAACUCGCGCCAAGUCAGCCCCAACGGCCACAAAGACCUGCCCCACCGGAUCCCGGAGGAUCCAGCUGAGGAUGACGAUGACGAUGACGAUGUCGGAAUUCCGCGGCCUGACUCGCCCAUCUCGCCAUCCGAUUUCCCGGUGCCGGUGUCGAUCAGAAACAACCAGCAAGUGCGGCUGAGUGCGGUAGGAUUCUACAAGCCCAGUUCCGAUAGCGGAUGGUGAAAUCUCGCUGGAAUGGGCGAAAUAAUCACGAGCGACAGACGUCGCAUUUCCUUUUUGGUUUUGUCAUCAACAAGCAGCUCGGCGCACCAAAAUUGGGUGCCGGCU